UGUGUAAAGGCUAUUUGAUCAAGAAAGAGAGUGAUGGCGUGUUGCAGCAGAUGACCUGGCCUCCAAAACCAGCUGGACCUGAACCCCAUUGAGAUGUUUUGGGGUGAGCUGGACUGCAGAGUGAAGGCAGAGCGGCCAGCAAGUACUAAACAUGUCUGUGAACUCCUUCAAGAUCGUUAAAAGUACCAGUUCAGAUGACUACCCUUGAAGGACAUCAAGAGAAGAGUCUAAAGCUUUAACAAGAGCAAAGACGUGUGUGUGUGAAUGAUGCUACAAUCUUUAGGCUGUGAAACCAUUUUUGUCUCGUAGGCUCCUCCUACUUGAAAGUAACCUGUGUCUUCACAACUCUGAAAAUACUUUCACUUUCUCUUACCUGAAACGACAAAAAAGUCAUCAAGAUUUUAAGAGGCAUUUAAUCCCAACCUCAAAACAGAUUAGAAACAGUGGAAUCUCAUUCAAAGGGUGAAACAAUGUCGACUCAACUUCAGGAAAUACAUAAUGACAACGCAAGUGCAACUGCUGCACUGAAAGAGCUAGAUGUCCAAACAGACUCAGAGAUGCAAACCCAGACUACAAAAGAGGAGCCUAAGCAGAUAGGUGGACAAGACAAUCGAAAUGAUCAGAAGCAAACAAGUCAGCUCCAGGAAGAACGUGGAGAAGUUACCCAACCAGACUCUCUCAAGGACCCAGAAGUCCAAACAGACUCAGGGAUUCAAACCAAAACUCCACAAGAGGAGCAUCAUGAACUGUUAGCUGGACCAGACGAUCGAAAUAUUCAGAAGCCAACAAGUCAACUCCAGGUAGAACAUGGAGAAGUUACCCAUCCAGACUCUUCCAGGGACCCAGAAGUCCAAACAGACUCAGGGAUUCAAACCAAAACUCCACAAGAGGAGCAUCAUGAGCUGUUAGCUGGACCAGACAAUCGAAAUAUUCAGAAGCCAACAAGUCAACUCCAGGUAGAACAUGGAGAAGUUACCCAUCCAGACUCUUCCAGGGAUGUCCAGACAGACCCAAAGAUCCAAACUCCACAGGAGGGGCAUCAUGAGCCGUCUGCUGGACAAGACGAUCGAAAUAUUCAGAAGCCAACAAGUCAGAUCCAGGAUGAACGUGGAGAAGUUACCAAACAAGACUCUCCCAGGGCUUCUUCUACAGAGGAUGAAACAGUGUUGACUCUGCUUCAGGAAAUAGAAAAACAAGAAAACAUCAAAGAAGCAGCUUCUGUACUGAAAGAGCUUGGUAUCCAGACUGACUCACAGAUCAAGAGUUUGACUCCAGAAGACUUGAAUGAGCUGUUUCCUGGAUUAGAUAAACUGAAGUUUAGAAAGAUCAUCUUUCAAAUAAUUCAUCAUAAGAAUUCGACAGAUCAGCUCCUGGAAAAACCUGAGGGUGUUGCCCAACGUCAGUUUCUAAUGGAUGAGUGUCUUGAAAAGAUAACGUACCUAAAGAAGCAGCUCGAUGAGGCUUUAACUGAAGCUCAGGUCAAUACGGCAGAGAACUUCAGGAAACGUCUGGAUUUUAAAAAAGACCCACAUUUCCAGACUGACUUGGUGUUCCAGACCUUGACUCGAGAAGACCUGCAGAAGCUUUUUCCUGGACGAAAUAAUUUUAUGUUGAGAAAGACCAUGUUUGAAAUACUUCGUAAUCUGCCAAAUGAUCUACUUCUGGGAGAAAGUGGAGAUGUUACCCAACAAGACGCCGCUGAAGCAGACGACCAUGUCAGGAUAAAGAACAUGAAGGAUCAGCUGGAUAGGAUGACGGCUGUCCUUGAAAAAGAAGAAAAAGGAAGUGACCGAAGCAGUUCACAGAGGUCUCUCCUAAAUUUGAGUGGUUCGUCAAAGGACCUUUCAGCAGACGACCGUGACAGGAUAAAGAACAUGAAGGAUCAGCUGGAUAGGAUGACGGCUGUCAUUGAAAAAGGUUAUUCCCCAGACUCUACUGAUCCCACAACAACCCAUGAGAAGCACAAUGAAAGAGAAAAAGGAAAUGACUUCCUCAGUUCAUUGAGGUCUCUCUGGUUUGGUUCGUCACAGAAACAUUCAGUGAAAUGCAAGAUGGUGGUCUGUGGUCAAACCUUUGGAGCUCAUCGUCAGCUUCUGGACCAAAUUCAAACUCCAGACUUAAAUCUGAUAAAGGGAAAAGAUGGGGAAAGCUGCAUAACCUUCGUUUUCUGUCCUGUUGUGUCUCGGACUGGAACAGAUGCUGAAGCAGCCAUGAAGAUGGUUCCAGGUGAUGUUCCAGUCAUUCUGGUCUUGAUGCAUCACUCCCAAGAGCCCAAACAUGUUUCUUCUUCUAAAGUCUUGACUAGUUACUCUAACGUUGUUUUGGAGGUCAAUAUUUUCUACCAUGACAGAAAGAAUGGUUUACUGGUAUGUGAACAAAACAAAAAUGCUGUCAUUGAGUUACGGAAAACAUUAAAUAAUUACAGAGCACCAAGUCCUGAAUCUAACAAAAAAGGAUCAAAGUAACAGCUGUCCUUCCUCCUAAUAACAUCUGUUGUGAUGUUAGCUUUGGUGGUGCUGUUUGUUGUAGUGACAUGAUGGAAACGGGUAAUAUUAGUUUUUCUUUUUAUUUACUGCAAAGACAACUUUUGAAUCAAGAACUUCUUAAAAAUGUAAUUUAUACAUAUAUGUGUAUAUAUGGGCUGUGAAUAUUGACGCGUUAACACACACAACUAAUAAAACAUAAUUUGUUAAGACGUCCUGCUGUGCAGCUGUGAGAUCAGCAUAAAAAAACUCCAUCUAAAAUAAACUUAUACUUCUCUUAUAUUCUGUGAUGGGAUUUUAUUCAAUUAAAGAGAAAGUAUGGCUUUUAUUUUUAGUUUUUGGACAAAAGUGAUCGUUUACUUUAAUAAAUAAGGUGGAGAAUGACAGCAGUGAGAAAUUCUAAUUUUUGGGGCUGGAUUGUGUAACUUUAGCCUGAUUUUUUUUUUUUUUUUUUUUGUAUUUUUUGUAUUUUUAUUCAAAAACAUGUUGAUUUGUUUGUUGACAUAUGUUAUUCCUGUUGUUUUUAUAAAAUUACAACAAAAACUGUCAUUCUA